AUGGCUACUAAUACUUAUACAACACGACAAGCUGCUUCAAUUGGUCUUCAACCAGGUAAUUUAAUUGGGGAAACACAUUAUGUUACUGAAACCCAAAUAACACCACCGAUAAAACAACGUGUUCGAAAUACAAAACUUCUAAGUACGAAUAUAAGUCGAUGUCAAUGCUGUUGUCCACCAGUUGCAUCAUCCUUAUGUCGUUCAUGUUUAUGUCCUUGCUGGGCUUAUUUACUUAUUGGUAUUCUUCUUGCAUUACUUCUUGCAGCGUUGGCUGUCGAGCUUGGUUUUCUGUCUCGAGAAAGGGUCCGCUAUCAACAACAACUUUGCAUAGAGAGAUGGAAUGCAAGUUAUUAUUACAAUGCAAAUGAAACUGAUCCAUAUGACUCCUCAAUUGCAACAAGCAUACCAUGCACAACUCUUCGUCCAAUAAAUGGAUCUGAAACAUUAGUUUGGUCAUCUUUUCAAUACAUUAUUGUUCUAAUGAUCAAUUACUUCAUUUAUUUGAUGAAAUUUUGA